AUGACGGAAAAUAUUCAAGAAACGAUCGUCGAAUUACUCAAUCAAGCAUCAUUAUAUGGAAAAGAUAGUCAACGUGUACAACAUUUACGCCAUGUUCAAGAACUUAUACUACGAAAAGAUCCGAGUUUAUUAGAUAAUUUUCUUGAAGAAGUACUUGUAUUUCAAACCGAUAGAUCUGCUGAAGUGAGAAAAACGAUAACAUCAUUUAUAGAAGAAGCAUGUCAACAUGAUCCAGAAGUUAUUGUUAAAGUAAUCGAUGCUUUACGAUUUUUAUUAUAUGAUGAUAAUGUACUUGUACAGAAAAAACUUAUUGUGGCUAUGGUAUCAAUAUAUAAAUCAACAUUGAAAUGGUUAUCAAGGUCUCGUUUAAUCGAUGAGAAUGUUCGUAGUAUGUGGGAAAGUAUGAUUAAUAUGAAAAAUCAUAUAAUUAGUUUAUUAAAAUCAGAUAAUGAUGGUCUUCGUACGGCAGCAAUCAAAUUUAUUGAAAUGCUCGCUUUAGCACUGUCGAAAAGAACAGCGGAUUCUAUUGUACCUCAAUCAAAUGAUCAAGAUAUUUCUGUUAAUGUUAUUCAAGAUGAUCAUCGUAUUUUAAAAAAAGCAAAAUUAGAAUUAGAAGGAAAAGAUGUUAUGGAAAAAUUACUUGAAUUUACAUUAUCACAGCAUUUAUCAAGUGUUAAUUUAAUAUCUGCCAUGGGUGCUAUAGCUAAUAUAGCUCGUCAACGUCCUGAUUAUAUGAGUCGAGUAGUACAAACAUUUGAAGCAUUGCAAGUCAAUCUGCCACCGACAUUGGUAGAUUCACAAGUUAGCAGUGUAAGAAAAAUUAUAAAAUUAAAACUUCUUAGUCUACUUAAACAUCCAGCAUCGCUUGCUUUCCAUCCACAAAUAACAACGUUGUUAACCGAUUUAGGUGCAACUCAAGCAGAAGUUUUGAAACAUUUACCAAAAGUAACAUCAGAAUCGAAACGUAAAUUGACAUCCGGUGGCAGUGAAAAUAUUGCAAAAAAAUCUAAAUUGUUGCUUGAUGAACCCAAUUCUUAUACGUCAUAUGACAUUGAUGAUAGUUCUAAUAUGAGUAACAAAAUUUCGAAUACACAAUCGGCAACAUCAACGACAAAUCCGAAUCAUCAAAAUACAGCCAUUGAUAUCACGGCGGCUGAUCUUAUUGGAAAAUUGAAUAUCACAAAUGUUGUUGAUUUAGUUUUAGUUAGCAUGCUUACGUUGCCUGAAAGAAUGCCUGCCUCCUUCCAAGCCACAUACACACCAAUAGCAGCUGCCGGUACACCAGCUCAAAUUCAACAUUUAGCACGAUUAUUGGGUGCACAAUUGACAGCUGCUGGCUACGGCAAAGGUUACGAAUUGAUGAAAUCUCAACAGACAACCAAACCUGCUCAAUCUGAUGAUGAUGUCAGUGAUGUAAAACCAAUAACAAGCAUCAUGGGUGUUGGGCGUGAUGAUGCAUUUCCGAUUGAUUCAGAUAAACCGAAUAUGAGCGGUUUGCCUAUUUCUGUCAUCGGUAGUAGCAAUGUUUCAUCAUCUUCAACAUCAGUACCGAGCACAAGUACAUCAGUAUCAAAUGAGGGAGUCCUAUCUGAGGCUAGUUCAUCUGCUCUACCAGCAACGACGACGGCAAAUACUAGUACAAUGCCCUCUACUACUGUACAACAGAAAAAAUUUAAACCAUUUAAACUGGCUGAUGCUAUGAAACCAAUUGAAUAUGAAGAAAUGCAAAGAAUGUCAACUGAUGCAUUUUAUAGAAUUCUUCAUGCUGAAGACGUUUGUGAUCGAGCUGGAGUGGGCCAUGUGAGAAAGAAAACAAUGACAUCGUUGGUUUGUUUAAGUGAAAGAAGUUUUCGUGAUAUUUACGAAGAUUAUAUAUUUGCUGAUGUACGUAAACGUCAUGAUUUAGCAUUUUCUUGGCUCUAUCAAGAAUAUGCAUAUGCCAGUGGUUAUUUAAGUGUUUUGGAGCCAAACAAAAAGAAGGAUUUUUCAAAAUAUGAUGAUACACUAUGCCGACUAUUAGAAUAUUUACAAGAGAAACCAGAUCAACGAGACGGUUUAUUUUCACGAUUAUUGAUCAGUGCACCACUGAUAACAGAUAAUGCACUUCGUGUACUGAAACGUUAUUGCCAAGAUGAAACUCGUUCCUAUAUUGGCAUGAAUACAUUACGUGAUCUUAUAUUUCGUCGUAUGACAAUGAGAGAUAAAUUUCUUGAAAUAUUACUCGAUUUUACUCAUAACGAUAUUGUUGCUGUACGAAAUAAUGCUAUACGUAUCAGUAAAAGUUUACAUGAAAAAGAAGAGUUUAAACAAGCAAUUGAGAGACAUGCGUUAAAAUUUUUGAAACAUCUUACAUCAGCCCGACCGCCUGAAGCGUUAUUUAGUGAUGAAAAGAAAAAUUCAAAUGAUGCAUGGACAGAAGAUUCAAUACGUUUAUGUUUACCAUUGUAUCUUGGUUUAAUGCCAUCCAAUCAUAAUCUAAUACAACCUUUGGCUACAAUUUAUACAGGUGUCAACGGAGAUAUCAAACGUGUAAUACUUCGUGUUCUUGAAACGCCUGUACGUGGGAUGGGCAUGAAUAGUCCAGAAAUUUUAAAACUUGUCGAAAAUUGUCCAAAAGGUGCUGAAACAUUAAUAACACGAAUAAUUCAUAUACUAACAGAACAAACACCACCAUCACGAGAACUAGUGGAAAAAGUGCGCGAUUUAUAUCACAAACGUGUAUCCGAUGUACGAUUUUUAAUACCUGUUUUGAACGGUCUUGAAAAGAAAGAGAUUAUCAAUGCAUUACCAAAAUUAAUCAAACUUUCAUCGAUGGUUGUCAAAGAAGUUUUUAAUCGUUUAUUAGGACUAAAUGCAUCAGCAGAAACGUAUGCAAGUCCCAUCUUACCUUCUGAAUUAUUAAUUGCCUUACAUCAAAUAUCGCCUGAAGACUGUGAAUUGAAAAUAAUAAUGACUGCUACAUCGUUGUGUUUUAAUGAACGUACGAUUUAUACGCAUGAUGUAUUAGCUGUCGUUAUUCAACAAUUAGUUGAAAUAAGUCCCAUACCAGUUUUGUUUAUGCGAACGGUUCUCCAAGCAUUAAGUUUAUAUCCAAAAAUGGUUGGAUUUGUAAUGAAUAUCUUACAACGUUUGAUUACAAAACAGGCAUGGAAACAAGCGCGAAUAUGGGAAGGAUUUAUUAAAUGCUGCCAAAAAACUCGUCCACAUUCAUUCCCGUUGUUAUUACAAUUACCACCACCACAACUGAAACAUGUAUUCAAAAUAGCAUCUGAUUUACGUGAUGGUCUUAUACGACACAUACGUUCAUUGUCCAUAGCACAGCGUUCAAGUAUUCCAUCAUCAAUAAUGAGUGUGAUUGAAGAUAAUUCGGAGAAUAAUACCAUCGCUUCCGGAACAACUAUAUCAAUUCAACCACCAGACAUUCGCAUUCAGCCAACAACAACAGUAAACGAUAUUGCCACUAUACAACAACAGCAACAACAACAACAACAAAAUGUUGAACCUGUUCAUUAA